AUGGAAGAAAGCUCCAUGAAAAGAGAAGCCAUGCCCCGACUCCUGGAUCUCAUCCCAGACGAGAAAGAAUGGAGUCUGAGAGGAGGAGCACCAGGGCAGGCAAGAUCGAAAAACACAGGCUUCGGGAGCGACGAGGACGAGAAACUGGAGCUGAAGCUUGGCCUUCCAGGCCUCGUAGAGGAGGAGCCAGCGGCCAGCUCAAGGGAGAACAACAGGGUGCAUCAGGAGAGCCCGGCCCUCUCCCUCGGGUACCCCCCUAGACACUCCACGACCAUCACCACGACCACCACCGGAGCAAAGAGGGGAUUCCUGGACACGGUUGAGGCCAAAGCACAAGGUUAUGAGAAGGAGCAGAAGCAGCAGGCGAGGGCAGCAGCAUGUCGGAAGGAACUGGCAGUGGAGGAAAAUACAGCUACCGUCGGUGAGAGGAAGAAAGGGUGCUGUCCCCCACCACCACCACCACAUGCCCCUCCUGCUACACCUGCGCGCAACAUCGGCAACAGACCGCAGGCGCGGGGAAGAGGGGCUGCAGCUCCAGUGGUCGGCUGGCCUCCAAUCCGGUCAUUCAGGAGAAACCUUGCAAGCACUAGUGCAUCCAAACAGCCCCCUGAACCGCAAAUCGGUGAAGCCAAUGCCAAGGCCGUUCUUGACUGCAAGAAAAGCCCUCUUGUAAAAAUCAACAUGGAUGGGAUCCCCAUUGGAAGGAAAGUUGAUCUUGCAGCAUGUGACAGCUACGAGAGACUUUCAUUGGCUGUCAAAGAUCUCUUCCACGGGUUUCUUCAAGUGCAAAGGGACCCGUCUAAGGUUGAACGUACACAGCAAGGAGCAGAUGAAAAUAUAUUUUCGCGGUUGCUAGACGGGUCCGGUGAAUAUACUCUAGUUUACGAAGACAGUGAAGGAGACAGGAUGCUGGUUGGGGAUGUCCCUUGGAAUGUGUUUGUCUCGACCGCUAAAAGGCUGAGGGUUCUGAGAAGCUCAGAGCUUUCCCAUGGUCUGGUAAGUGGCAGCUGCACUUUUCUGUUAAUCUGUGCCGAUAUCAGGUAA